CUCCUUCCAAAAUCAUGAAUGAUGCAGUCAUCAACAUAAUCACAAUCAUUAAAUUCAUAAAAUGAAUUAAUCCAUUGAAUGAAAACAAUGCAUGUUCAUAAUCCAAAGCAAACACACAAAAGAAAAGAAAAACAAAUAAAAAUGAUUCACCACACAACACUCUCUCUCAUCAUCUUCCCGUUCCUAAUCCUAAUAUCGAAUUCCGACCCGACCCGAUCCGCCCCAACCCUAACCGCCACGCCCACCACACUCUCCAACUCCGUCGACAACGUCACCGUCCGCUGGUCCGGCGUUCCUACCCCCUCCGACCUCGACUGGCUCGGCAUCUACUCCCCUCCCACCGCCGCCCACGACAACUUCAUCGGCUACCAAUUCCUCUCUGAUUCGCCUUCAUGGCAAUCCGGCGAGGGUUCCCUCACCUUCCCCCUCGUCGACCUCCGAUCCAACUACUCCUUCCGGAUCUUCCGGUGGACCAGGGAAGAGAUCAACCCGAAGCACCAGGACCACGACCACAACCCGCUACCGCAGACAAAGCACAUGAUGGCGUUCUCCGGCGAGGUUGGAUUCCGGGCGGGUCGUGGACCGAUGCAGAUCCAUUUGUCGUUCGCCGAUGAGGUCGAUGCGAUGAGGGUUAUGUAUGUGACUAAGGAGCCGAGGGAGACUUACGUUAGGUACGGUGAGAGCGAGGGGAAGUUGGAGCGCGUGGCGGUUGCGCGCGUGAGGAGGUACGACAGGGAGCACAUGUGCCACGCGCCGGCGAACACCAGUGUUGGCUGGAGGGACCCUGGCUACAUCCACGAUGCUCUCAUGAUUGGUUUGAAGAAAGGGGUCAAAUACCAUUACAAGGUUGGAAAUGACGAGGGAGGUUGGAGUGCAACUCAUAGCUUUGUGUCAAGGAAUAGUGAUUCAGACGAAACGAUAGCUUUCCUCUUUGGAGACAUGGGAACGGCUACUUCAUAUCGUACAUUUAUACGAACGCAAGAUGAAAGCAUAUCAACCAUGAAGUGGAUCCAACGCGAUAUUGAAGCGCUAGGCGACAAGCCCGCCUUUGUCUCACACAUUGGCGACAUUAGUUAUGCAAGAGGUUAUGCGUGGUUGUGGGAUCAUUUCUUCACUCAGAUUGAACCUGUUGCUAGCAAAUUGGCAUACCAUGUUUGCAUUGGCAAUCAUGAGUAUGACUGGCCUUUACAGCCGUGGAAACCUGAUUGGGCCACUUAUGGAACAGAUGGAGGUGGUGAGUGCGGAGUACCCUACAGUUUGCGGUUCAAUAUGCCUGGAAACUCCUCGGAACUAACAGGAACUGCUAGCCCUGCAACUCAGAAUCUCUAUUAUUCAUUUGAUAUGGGGGUAGUACAUUUUGUAUAUAUCUCCACAGAGACAAAUUUCCUUCCUGGGAGCAAACAAUAUAACUUCUUAAAGCGUGAUCUGGAAUCUGUUGACAGAAAGAAGACCCCUUUUGUAAUUGUCCAGGGGCACCGACCCAUGUACACAACAAGCAAUGAAAUUAGGGAUGCAGGAUUAAGAGGAAAGAUGCUCGAGCACUUAGAGCCACUGCUUGUGAAUAACAAUGUGACCCUUGCUCUCUGGGGUCAUGUUCAUAGAUACGAGAGAUUUUGUCCGCUGAGGAACUUCACUUGUAGCACCAGUGUGCAUCGCAAAGAAGGGGACAAAGGAGCAUUUACCAUUCACGUCGUGAUCGGCAUGGCAGGGCAAGAUUGGCAACCCAUAUGGGAACCUAGACCAGACCAUCCUAAUGACCCAAUCUUCCCUCAGCCGGCACGAUCUCUAUACCGUGGUGGGGAGUUUGGAUACACUAGACUAGUAGCUACAAAAGAAAAGCUUGUACUUUCUUACGUCGGAAAUCAUGAUGGUGAGGUGCAUGACACGGUGGAAAUUCUGGCAUCUGGUGAAGUUUUCAGUGGUCAUGAGGAUAAGGAUAAGGAUGCAGCUAUUGGUGGUGUUAAAAGUGAGAUUGUGAAAUCGCCACUGUCAUGGUAUGUCGAGGGAGGAAGCGUAUUGGUGCUUGGGGCCUUUAUGGGUUACAUCGUUGGCUUUGUUUCACAUGCCAAGAAGAAGCCUGGUGCCAGGAGUAACUGGAGUCCCUUGAAGACUGAGGAAAGUUGAACCAUAUUUUAGUGUUGUGUUUUCCACUUUUUAGAUGAAACAUGAAGGUUUGGAAUUGUGAGAUGAUACCUUUUCGAUGCUAUUCGUUUGAUUAUACACGUAAGCUUGUACAUAUGUAAUUUUACUGCAGUGUGCCAUUGCAGUGUGCCAUUUAAGGCAACCUUUGGUGGAUUGUGUUUGUAUUAUAUUCAAAAAGAGUUAGAUGAAUAAUGAUGCCAAUGAAAAAUAAAGGGAUUUUGUGUCUGCCCUUCUUUGGGUCGAAUCGAUUCUCAAGUGAAA